UACAGAAAGUGUGAACGUCGACAAGCUAGCUCAUCCUGGCAUCGACAUAAUUACUCUCACGUAAUGACAAACUAAACCGGCCAAUCGCAAUAUUUCUUAAUAAUAAGGACGCACAAUUCCCCAUCACAUACCACCUCCUCCUCCUCCUCCUCCUCCUCCUCCAUGGACACUGUGGUUCUCUACCCGGUCACCGGCAUCGGCCACCUUGCACCUAUGACCGAGUUCGCCAAGCUCCUCGUCGCCCAAGGCUUCUCCGUCGCCAUCCCCAUCCUUCCACCUAUGCAUCCCUCGGUUUCCACUUCCGAUACAGAUUACUACAUCAACUGCAUCUCUUCCUCUCAUCCUUCCAUUGCCUUCCACCGCCUGCCACCCUUCACCGACGAAUGCUCUUCCACGAACGUCGGCGUCCGCUUUUUCUCGAAACUCCGAGCCGCCAACCCUCUUCUCCGUGACCUCCUACAGUCCAUCUCACAGACAUCCAACAUCCGCGCCAUCCUCACGGAUUUCUUCUGCACCGAAGCCUUCGAGGUUGCCGCCGAUCUCCAGCUACCAGCCUACGUCUUCUUCACCUGUAGCGCCUUCAUUCUUGCCUAUUUCCUCUACCUCCCCACCUUACACAGCGAGAUGACAUCCGGCACACGUGAACUCGGAGAAACCCCCAUCCACCUCCCUGGUUUACCACCUAUCCCAGCUUCUCAUUUGCCAAAUUUCAUGCUUGAUCGGGACGAGGGAUUACAAGCCUUAGUCAAUGCAUUCUCACGCCUCCCAGAACCCAAAGGUAUCAUCCUCAACUCAUUCGAGUUUCUGGAGUCCAGAACACUGAAGACUAUACGCGAAGGACACUGCCUCCCCAACAGAGAGACACCACCAGUGUACUGCGUGGGGCCGUUGAUCAGUGAAAAUGAAGGAGGAGAGAGGCACGAGUGUUUAGCAUGGCUCGACAAGCAGCCCAAAGGGAGUGUUGUUUUCCUGUGCUUCGGGAGCGGGGGACGCCUCCAGGCGGAGCAAGUCAAAGAGAUCGCCAUGGGGCUGGAGAGAAGCAAGCAGAGGUUUCUCUGGGUUGUGCGAAGCCCACCUGAUCCGGAAAAUAGGUUCCCGAGUUCUGACGAGGUAAAUCUUGACACGCUUCUCCCUGUUGGGUUUGUGGAACGAACGGAAGGAAGGGGAAUGGUGGUGAAGGCGUGGGCGCCGCAAGUGGAAGUGCUGAACCACGAGGCCACAGAUGGGUUCGUGACUCACUGCGGGUGGAACUCUGUGCUAGAGGCGGUGUGCGCCGGAGUAGGGAUGAUAGCGUGGCCGCUGUAUGCUGAGCAGAAGAUGAACAAGGUGGUGUUGGUGGAGGAGAUGAAGCUGGCGGUGGAGAUGAAGGGUUAUGAUAAAGCAAUGGUGGUGGCGGAGGAGGUUGAGAAGCGCGUGAGGUGGCUCAUGGAGUCCGAUGGUGGAAAGGAGCUGAGGAACAAAGCUAAGGAGAUGAAGGAUCCUGCGAUGGCUGCUUUCAGUAAUGGCGGGUCAUCACGUGUUGCCGUGUUGGAGCUCGUUUCGCAGUGGAAAAGACGGUGUUGAUUAUGAUUGAUGCUUUACAAUCACGGGGCAUGUUGGCAUCCUAUGCAUGUUUUGGUUUUUCCUAGAACUUAGUAGAACUUAUAGCAGGUAAAAUAAUUUUCACAUGUUAAUGCAUGGAUUAUUGGAUUCAAUUAAAAUGGACUUAGUUAUGAUCAAGUUCUUUUCCAAACUUUCCCAAAUUUUGCCUCUUUGUGGGCAUUCAUUCCCGCUGGGAUAUGUAGACUUUUCUUAUGUUACUUCAUAUACCGUUGUCUGUACUCUGGCUUGAUUUUUUAUGAAAAUUUCCGGUGAUUUUUUUUUUUAAAAAAAAAUACUCAAUAUGUUGUUUUUUAUGGCGAUUUCAAUGGGAUUGUAGGUGUCACACUUGACCCCGGCUCGUCAGACCCGAUGUGUCAAUAAACGGCCACACACCUAUAAGGUCGAGACCCAGUUGGCGUAUAAGGCCUCAAAAUCCGAUUCUCAAAAACAAUGAGCUAUUAAA